UAUCUCAAACUCAAAUAACAUCACAGUUAGACUCAGAGAUGCAGAGAAUGAAGAGGACAGCACCGACAUUUAUGCAGUCUACGUUUUCUUCAACAAGAUCAUCAUUUGUCUGAGCAAAGCUGACAGCAUCAUGUCAGGCUAUUUGUCACUUUAUCUGCUGUUCGCCAUACAGGCAUCGCUGGGAGAGGCUUCCUGUUCAGCCUGCAGAACUUUCGGCCAACCGUUAGAAGACAACACUAAGAAAGACAUACUGCUGGAGGUAGCCAAACAGAACAUCCUGAGCAAACUCCAUCUAAAGCAUAGGCCAAACAUCUCAAAUACUAUCUCCAGAGAAGCCUUGGCACAAGCAUUACUGCAACUUAAUGAUAGAGUGGAAUACAAAGGAAGUGUGCCAGAACAGGGAGAUGACAAUGAAGUUAUAGAUAGUGAAAAAGAUUAUGAGAUCAUCAGCUUUGCGGAAAUAGGUAACUCAAAGGCUUCCCACAGCAUUCUUCACUUCCACCUCUCUGCUGAGAAAGACAGACAUCGACAGAUCCAUUCUGUAGAUGUAUGGCUCUAUCUUCAGGCAGCAUCUGGUAAGAAAGUAACCGUUACAGGAACUUCCUUCCUAUCAAAGAAUCCAUCCUCAAAGGGAAGUGUUCAAGUAGAUGUCUUAAGAAGUGCCUGGUACACUGUUCCUCUUCCUAUAUUUACCAGGAAAGCUCUUGGUGAUGGUGAAGAAAAUAUAUACUUAGAGUUGCAGUGUUUUGAUUGUCUAGAUCAAUCUAUAAUUGCCAAUAUCAGUGAAGCUCAGCACCCAUUUCUGGUGGUGAAAGCUCGUAAUCAAAAAGAAGGCCCUAGGAUCAGAAGGAAGAGCACAGAGUGCAGCAGUGACUCAGAUAUGUGUUGUCGGAAGGACUUUUACAUUGAUUUUAAAGAGAUUGGCUGGAGUGACUGGAUUAUCAGCCCUGAUGGUUACCACAUGAACCUUUGUGAAGGCAGAUGUCCUAUUCACCUUGCCAGAGUGCCAGGGAUUGCUGCUUCAAGUCAUACUGCUAUCUUCAGUCUCAUCAAGGCCAACAACCUUUAUGCCAGCCUUACUUCCUGUUGUGUUCCCACCAAAAGAAGACCUCUUUCAGUGCUUUACUUUGAUAUGUAUAACACCAUUGUAAAGACAGAUAUUCCUGAUAUGAUAGUGGAAAGCUGUGGUUGCACCUAGUACCCUUAUUCCACUACAACUUGUAAUAAGUUUCAUUGUACUUACUUCCUUACCUUUUGUGACACGGUUUUAUUUGAAGUGAUCACAUUGAUGCUCAGCACAGCAAAUGUAAAUUUCAGCAGCAAAAAACUCAACAGUAACCAAACUAUUUAAUUGGAAAACACUUUUAAAAGUCUAAACUAAGUACUAAUGCAGCGGACUGUGGAUGUUGGUUGGAGGAAUGUCUGCAUAACCGAACUGAAUAUAAGACAAUGAACACUGCAGAAGCACAUAUUAUAAAUUCAUUUCUGGUUUUAAUAAAUCUGUUAAAUAUUUACUGA